GAGCACAGGACAGGGGGACGGGUUUGUGGUGAGCACAGGACAUAAAGCUGGAAGUUGACAGCGCGGAGUGAUUUGGGAGGUGCUCUGCAUCAACAAAGUGCCUUCGGGAUCAGAAUAAAGUUCAUUACACCUGAAAUAUGAGGGAUGAUACAGCUCGAGUAAAUAUCAAGGUUCUCACAUUUAUUUCGUACCGCGCUGACGUCACUGGAAACCAAUGGCUGCCUGGGGGGCUAGAAAACCAUGUAAACGUGUAAAACGCUACGGUGUACUUUGUAAAAUGGUAAAGUAAUGUAAUGUACAUCGCACGCCGUGUGUAUUACAUUAUUUAUGGUAAAAUAAACAGCGUGUACGUUCCGAGCACUGUUAAAUGCUUCUUGUCCCUCCGGCUGCCGUAGUCGGUGUAAACACGGUAGUACUGAUGGCCGCUGCGGAGUCUCAGCCGAGGUUCGGACAGUCUGUGAAAGGUUUAUUAUCCGAUAAAGUGGGUUCCUGUAGCGGAGAUGUGAUAGCACUGACCCGGCAAGUCCUGAAGGGAUCACGGAACCAGGAGUUGCUUGGUCAAGCAGCCAGGAAUAUGGUUAUUCAAGAAGAUGCCAUCCUGCACUCUGAGGAUAGUCUGAGGAAAAUGUCCAUCAUCACCACUCAUUUGCAGUAUCAACAAGAGGCCAUCCAAAAGAACGUCGAACACUCCAAAAACCUUCAGGACCAGCUGAGACACCUGCUGAAGUGAACGUCACGAGGCGGCGACUGAGUCCAGCGCCUUGGAUCUUGUCUUUGUAUUUGAGCCAACACUCGUUUUGUCCAGGGAGUUUUCUGAACUUCUGAUGUCCAUUUUUUUUCUUCCGUAGAAUUUUGUUCAACUUGUUUUGAAUCCUUGUUGUGUUUGUGUUGUGCUGGUGUUGUGUGUUGUGCUUGCGUUUUGAGUAAAUCUACAGUUUUGUGAGUAACCUAACUUCAUUUGGGUGAUGGAAAUAUGUUACUCUUUGAUAAUAAAAUACAAACGAA